GCAUCCGGGGUAUGAGAACCCACAGCCAGGCUGACCGGAUCCGGAAGUGGAUUGCGAACCAGGAGGAGGAAGCCGGCGGUGGCCCCGUCAGCAGCCGGCGGCUGAGAGGCCGGUGGGCGGCGGCGGUCCGAAGAGGCGGCGGCCGCGCUGCUCCCUGAGAGCGGGUCCCGCGGCUGGGCAGGCGGACGGCCUGAAGGCACGGAGCCAUGAAGCUAUAUAGCCUCAGCGUCCUCUACAAAGGCGACGCCAAGGUGGUGCUGCUCAAAGCCGCGCACGAUGUGUCUUCCUUCAGCUUUUUCCAGAGAUCCAGCGUUCAGGAAUUUAUGACCUUCACGAGUCAACUGAUUGUGGAGCGCUCAUCGAAAGGCACUAGAGCUUCUGUCAAAGAACAAGACUAUCUGUGCCAUGUCUAUGUCCGGAAUGACAGUCUUGCAGGUGUGGUCAUUGCUGACAAUGAAUACCCAUCUCGGGUGGCCUUUACCUUGCUGGAGAAGGUACUAGAUGAAUUCUCCAAGCAAGUUGACAGGAUAGACUGGCCAGUAGGAUCCCCUGCUACAAUCAAUUAUACAGCCCUGGAGGGUCACCUCAGUAGAUACCAGAACCCACGAGAAGCUGAUCCCAUGAGUAAAGUGCAGGCCGAACUAGAUGAGACCAAAGUCAUUCUGCACAACACCAUGGAGUCUUUGUUAGAGCGAGGUGAGAAGCUAGAUGACUUGGUGUCCAAAUCCGAGGUGCUUGGAACGCAGUCUAAAGCCUUCUAUAAAACUGCCCGGAAACAAAACUCGUGCUGUGCAAUCAUGUGAUGCAGCCUGCCAGAGGCCCAGCGCUGGAACGGCACUUUCAUUCACAUCAGAACUGCAGCCCCUGGAAAAGAAGAGACAGCCAUAGACGAGGACCCAGAGUGGGGCCAUUUUUAUUUUGAAGUUCCUGGGAGAAACAGGGAUGGUGGAAGGGUGGCGAAUGUUCAAAUUCAUAUGUGUGGUAGUGAUUCUUGAAAGAAUUUGAGGUCCCCAAAGGUGUAUUUUUGGGCAAAUGAAACCAUAAACUCUGAUUGGCUUCUGUAGAUGCCAAAGGGCUCAUCUUCAGCUAACCCUGGGAAGGCUCUGUGGGAGGGAGGUCAGAGCCAGCUGUUUCUCCAUCUUUGAUAUAUCUUUGGAUUUUGUCUGUACAUUAAUGAUAUUAACACUCCAUUGGGGGGUGGGGAGUCCCUGGUGCCAGGGCUGGGUUGGGUAGAGUUUGAAAACUCUUGGGAAAGCCUCUCCUGGGGCCACUGUUGGGGGUGGGAGUGAGCCCACCACAGUGGCCACAGGCAGGCCGGUACUUCAGGCCCAAGGCUUGGGAGUGGGUGGGCAGUCACUGGGUCUCAGAUCCUGAGACUGUUCUUUAGCUUACCUUUCUGCUAGGAUUGGCUUCCCACUGACGGCAGGGCCCAUCCUAAGCAGCUUCCAAGUCCCACAAAGGUGGCUUAUUGGGAGGGUUUGGAAGGAGCUGCAGUGUGGGUGGGAGUGUAUGGGUUGAGGUCGGACCAGCAGGUAGUCUGGGAACUGAGCCCAGGAAAGGGGGAUGUUCUGGUGUUCAGAUGGUCAGCUGGGAGUGUCCGUCUUCAGGGAAGCUCAAACACAGGUGCACUCAGCUGCCCAGGGCCUCUGGGACACUUGCCUUGACUUGCAUCUUGCCUUUGAACAUCACAAUCAAAGCAGCGGGUGCUGUGGUCUCUCAAACUGAUUUUUAUUUGCCUCUCUGGCUACAAGACUGCCUUGAACCGCCUGAGGCCUAUGCAUCUGAACAAGUGGGUCUCUCCCAUGGACACCAGGAGUGGGUGCCAGCCGGCCUGAGGACUCCCAGCACCCCACCUGUGGUCUGGCCAGCAUAGGCCUGCUAGUUCCUUCUUAGUCAGAGGCAGCUGCAUGGGGAAUGGAGGCCAAAGGGUUGAUCUAAGUUGUGCCUUGCCACUUGGCAGGAGGCCCACUCACCACCAAGUCCUGGAAACAGGCUGGAGUAACCCAGAAGAUGGGCCCAGGAUGUUCCAGAUCCCUUGGGUCCUAGUGCCAUAUUCCAGGCUGCCCACCUGUGCUCAGGAUGCAUCCCUGGGAUCCAGCUCCCAUGGGAGCUCCUGCUGGGAUGGUGUCACCUAUGAGUUUUGAGCCAGUGUGAUAUGGUCCUUGGGAGCCCUGCUCUGAGCUUGCCACACUGCUGAGAGCACCCACUAUCCUGACCAGAGUCCCAGUGGUCCUGACUCCCAGUGUGGGCAGGGUCUGGGCAGGAGGGUGUGGUCUGCUGUGGGUUCAGAGGACCCCAUCUGGCUGGUUUACCGGCUGCUGCCCAUUUUCUCUGGGCACUGCUGGCCAGAGGACUUUAGCCUACCCCUGAAGAACCUGUCCAUGUCAUUUUCCUAUUGCCAUAGACACCCCAAGCCCAGGAUCCCUUGAGGCCCAGACCCAGCCUGCCCUCUGGUGCCGGAGGUGGAGUGGAGUGGGCCUGGAUCCGAGGGAUGCUACCUCUCCCACUUGAGGACCCUAGGGAGAGAUGGGGGUGGGGAAAAUGGAGGUGUGAAUUUGUGGUAAGAGGAAGCGAGACCUCAGCCUGGGUUAGCCCCUGCUAAGCAGGGUGUUUGGGCUUGAUCCAGGCCCUGUGAGAUAGAGGGCCCAGCCUGGCCCCACCCACAGAUCUCCUGCUCCCUGUUAUGUUCUGUUGUAAAUCAUUUGGCAAGAGUGUAUUUUAAUAACUGCUGCCUAAGUUACCAGUGUUCUGUUUUGAGAGGCGUCUGUCUGAAUAAAGUUGUCUUGAAAUU